AUGCCCACGAGAGCUGUUGCCCCACAAACCCUAGCUGCAUUUGGUGCGGCUAACUCUUCUAGAAUUGCAGAUUCAAAUGAGGAUGAUCACGACUUAGAGACAAAAGAAAUCAUUAUACUCCAUGAGAUGACAUUUCUUCGAGAUAUUCUGUCAAACACCUUUAAAUAUUGCCAUUCUACCAUUCAUUUCUUGAACUUGAAGAGCUACAGCAUGGAGACAAAUAUAGUUAAGGCAAAGGGGUGUCACUUUGUGAUGGUGCAUGGAGCAACCUUUGGGGGCUGGUGUUGGUAUCAAGUUGCAGAUCUUCUUCUCAAAGCGGGCCACACUGUAUCUUCCAUUGACAUGGCCAGUGGAGGUAUAGAUCCUACAAAUGCCGACACAAUUUCUUCGUUACAAGAGUACAAUCAGCCACUCACAGACUUCUUUACAGCUCUUCCUUCUGAAGGGAAGGUUAUAUUGGUUGGCCACAGCGCUGGUGGAUUCAAUUUGAGUUUUACCAUGGAGCGUUUUCCAGAUAAAAUUGCUGCAGCUGUAUUUGUUACCGCCUUCAUGCCCCUCAGCGGAACAACUCUCUCUGAGUUGAUGAACGAGAUCGUAUCCAUAAUCGGAGGCUUCGGAGACUCUACAUUUUACUAUGCAAAUGGGAAAGAGAAUCCAGCAACAUCCUUCAAGUUUGGCACCCAGUUUGCGCGAGAAUUUUUAUCACAGAACAGUCCUUCUUGGGAUCUGACGUUGUGGGAAUCGCUGGAAAAGAAAUCUCCAAUAUGGCAAGAACCUCUUUUGUAUACAGCUAAAAACUAUGGAAGUGUUAGGAGAAUAUUUGUUGUGUCGAAGGAGGAUAAGGUUAUUGUGGAGGCGUUCCAGAGAAAGAUGAUUGCAGGGAAUCCUCCACAAAUGGUAUACGAAAUUGAAGGAUCUGAUCACACCGUAUUCUUCUCUAAGCCUCUUCAACUGGCUGAGGUGCUCAUGAAAAUUGCUAAUACGAGUGUGUCAAAGUGA